AUGGUGUGUGGGGGUGGCGGGCAUGGGUGGGGACGGGGGCUAGGGAACUCUCGGAACAGGCUCAACGCGCGCCGAACGGACGCGUACGGGCGACGGCGCGACGCGCUGGGAUGGAAGAGGGGCGAGGGCGACUGGGGCUCGGGACGACGGGUGGGUGAACGGGCGACGGGACGUGCUACUGCGGUACUCACGACGGGGGGGGGGGGACGAACGGGGGUGCGGGGACGGAGGCUGGAGGGGACGACGGGGGGGUCGGGCGUGCGGGCACGGUACGCAGGGGCUCCGCACGCUCGACGACGACGUCGCACUGGGGGCGGGACGGCGGGCACGACGGGUACGGCGCGCUACGCCUGGGGCAGGGGGCGUGGACGGCGGCGGUACGGGGGGACGCGGUACGCGCUGGUACGCAACGUACGGCGCGACGCACGACGGGGCGGUUCACGCGCCGCUAGGCGCCGCUACGUACGGCCACGGGUCGGGGGGGCACGACGGGAGGCGGACGAGGGGGACGCUACGGACGGGACGGAGACGGCGCGGGUCGCUUGGGUGGCUACGACGGGUACUGCGGGGGGACGCUGUGGGAGGGACGUAGCACGGCGGGAGGGGGCACGGGGGGGGGGGCUGCGACGGCGGGGCGGGGGUGGGGGUACGUACGGGGGGGCCGCUACUGCACGUACGACGCUGCGGGGCGAACGGACGGAACGGGGGGGGGGGGGCGAGGACGGGACGCUUUACGACGGGCGGAGGGAACCCGAACCGGGAUGGGCGGGGGGGGGGUACGGGCGGUCGGACGGGACGGACGGCGGGGUACGGGGGGGGGGUGCGGGGGCGGCGGCUGCUGGGGGACUACGGGGGGGCUGGGGCGACGGGGGGCGCGCCGGGACGGACGGGUGCAGGGGGGGGACGGCUGUGACGACGGGCUACGUCUGCUACUGUGCGGGGGCUACGCGGGGGGUACGGCGGGAGCAAGGGGCCAGCGUACGCGUACGACACGACGGGGGGGACGCUUAG